AUGUAUCGGUGGAUCCUCUCGCUUCUCGUUGCAAGCGUGUUGGUUGUCACAUCCCAUGCCGCCGAAGCCUUUUGGUACUUUCAAAACCCGUUGACGAAAGGCUUUUUUUCAGGAGCACAAGAAGCAGAAGAACAAUAUCAUGGAAAAUCUUACCUAGAGCAAGCCAACAAGCUCUUGAAGAAGCAUCCUUUGACUGACACGCACAAUGACUGGCCACUGUGGUUGGCAUUCUUGAAGAAGGGCAGGAUCAAUGAUCUCGACAUGGAGCAUUUGGAGGGAAGCCACACCGACAUUGCGAAACUAGCCGCUGGUCAUGUAGGCCUUGAGUUCUGGUCCAUAUACUAUCCUUGUGAAGUUAAAGAAGAGAACCAGCUGUUGUGGGCCAUGCGCUCGAUCGACAUAAUUAAGCGCGCCAUUGCCAAAUACCCAGACACGUUCGAGUAUGUCACAAACACACACGACUAUCUCAAGGCAAAACGUCACGGGAAGGUCGCAAGCGCUCUCGGCUUGGAAGGCGGCCAGUAUAUUUACGAUUCUGUUGCUGUGCUACGAAACCUGUAUGAUCUCGGUAUCCGAUACAUGACGUUGACCCACAACUGCAACACAAACUGGUCGAUUAGUUGCUGCGAUCCCAAUCCACCACCGUUUAAUAAGGAGCUUGGGCUGACCGAGUUUGGGAAAAAUGUUGUCAGGGAAAUGAACCGAUUAGGUAUCAUGGUGGAUAUCUCGCACGUAGCUCACUCGACCAUGCAUGCAGUGCUGAAUAUCACAAGAGCACCUGUCUUGUUUUCUCACUCGUCGAGUCAUACGCUUUGCCAGUUCAAAGAACGUAACGUGCCUGACAAUGUGUUGGAACGACUCGAUGAAACAGAUGGCGUCGUGAUGAUCAACUUUUACAACUAUUUCGUACAAUGCGAUUACCCCAACACGCCAGCAACGCUCCAGGAUGUCGCCGACCAUAUUGAUUACAUUGCAAGUAUCGCUGGCAAGCAUCGCGUUGGCUUGGGUGCCGACUACAAUGGCAUUGAAGUGACUCCUGAAGGACUUGAGGAUGUGAGCAAAUAUCCUGACUUGUUUGCAGAACUCAUCCGCCGUGGUUGGACCAAGAAGGAACUGAAGGCCCUGGCAAGCGAUAACUUGUUGCGUGUCUGGAAACGCGUCGAAGAGGUCAGCAAGGAAUUGAAAGACGAGCUUCCAUUCGAAGAAGACUACCACGUCGAUGAAAGUUGGAUGAUGGUCUAA